AUGAAGGAAAGGAAUGUGGUUUCUUGGACUUCUUUGAUAGUUGGGUUGGCUGUUAAUGGGUUUGGUAAGGAAGCACUUGAGCUUUUCAGGGAUUUAGAAAGAAAGGGGUUUUUGCCCACAGCAGUAACUUUUGUUGGGGUCCUAUAUGCUUGUAGUCAUUGCGCAAUGGUGGACGAGGGGUUUAAUUAUUUUGAGUUGAUGAAAAAGGAAUAUGGCCUUGUGCCUAGGAUAGAACACUAUGGCUGCGUGGUUGAUUUGUUGGGUAGGUCAGGCAAGGAUGGGAUUGCUCAUCAUUCUGGUAGUAAUGCUGCAAUUCUUGCUGUUGAGACAUUCAUAGGGAAGAAGACCAGCAUUCAAGCCCCCUCUCAUUUGAUGGGGCAACCUGGAAUUAAAUGGGCAACAUUAGGCAUUGAAAGAGUAGACCUUGCAAUUGGUAAAAAGAGAGGUGGACCUUUUUAUUUGAAAGCAUAUGACAUUGCUAAUGUUUUAAGGACCUCAAUCUAUGGUGCUGUGUUUGCUUUCCAUGAUGAGAUGCUGAAAAGUGCUAAAUUGGGUCAUCUUGAAAAGGAUUGGAUCAUUAGCAUCCAACCUUGGUUUGUUACUCGUGAGCUUUUGCUGCAUAAAUUGCGUAUUUUCUUGGAUUUUUGA